GCAAGAUGGAGAACAGAUCUUGUGCUAUCAGAUCAGAGUGCCAAUGAUCUACUUCAUUUUAGAUCAUCGUCAUCAUCAACGACUUGAUCGUUCAUACUAAGUUUCGUCUCCUCCAUAGAGAUGAAGGGCUUCGUUUUUGGUUUUUUUUCCUCUUUCAAUUCGUGGGUUGUUGGAACAGAGCCGGUUUCGACGAAAAGAUAUACCGGUAACGUUCUCGUUUUCCUUUGCAUGCUGCAACCGCUCCAUCAAACAAAUUCAACUGAUUUGGUAAUUAUAACAUUUUUUUUAAAACGGUUCUAUCUACAGCAAAUUGUCCGAGUGGGUUGACAAGAUUAUCGUCGCAAACACAUCGGUUGUUUCCUCUUCAAUCGUCUGAUGUUUUUAAAUAAUCUAUGGAAGAAAGGAAAAUAUUCUCAAAAUUUCUAUGAUAAGGUUACCAAUAUUGUGUUCAUUCCAAAGUCUAUCACGUCUGUCCCACCUGGUACGAAAUAUUUUGUUAUUUCGUAGAAUAGGAAGGGGACACAAAAUCUCAGGCUACGAAUCCACAUAGAAAGAACACAAACUCGAUGCAGAGUGCGCAACUUCUUCUCUUUGUACGUCCCCCUACAAACAUAUAUACAUAUAUACAUACAGACAUCCAUCCAUCCAUCGCUUCAUUACUAUGCUACUCCAGUAGGAAUGAAUGAAUGUUGUUAUCGUUUCAUCGCAUCAAUCAUAUUUGCCAAACAGCCAAACAGAGUAACAGAAUUACCCCACCACAACAGAACAACGAAGUCUCGGCAUUCUUUUUGAGUAGAACUGUGUGCUAUAGCUAAGCUAUUCGAUUCCUGACUUCUUUGGAGUUUUUGAAGUGAGGAAGGGACUGGGACUAGGUGGCCGGCUAGACCUAUUUCCGAACAGGAGAAGAAAACAACUGACGUGGGUAAAUGCGGUAAAGUUUGCGAUGGAAUAUCUGCCAUCGGUAUUCGACGGCCUCGCCAUAACCUCGUCUACAGAUGAAGAAGCAAAAGAUUCCGCGCAGAUCAUAUCGGUACCUGUCGAUCCAAAUUUGAGCCCUCUCGAGCCGCAGGAUGAUUUGCGCAAUAUAGGAGUUCUCGAAUUACUCGAAUCGGACGAAAGGGCAGUUUUUAUACUUGACCUCACGAAACUCGAUGAGACAACGUCAAUAUAUACGAAUCCGCGCUUAAAGGAAUUGCAAGUUCUAGGAAGCAAAGUCGGAGAAUCUCUUGACCUGGACGUGGCUACGCAAGACGAAAAGCAUAGGGAAUUUUUAGAAUGGGCAGGGGGAGAUUUCAGCGAUGGAAAAUUACCCGUAACACUAUAUUGUGGAGUGAGAUGGACUGCACAAACAAUGAGGAAUAGGUGGAGGGUCAUUGCUGGAGAUGUAGGUGGAAGGAUAGAUAUCGCUGGGGACAAACCUCCGAUCCAGCGAUCGCAAACCCUUUCGCCUCGAAAGGCACGAUCUAUGUCAAAAUCUGACGACGCGUCUAGAUCCUCUUUGGAAUCUGAACUGGAGGCAUAUCGACUUCAUCGGGAAGAUAAAAUAUCAAUAUUUCCACCAGCACAGGAACCAGUCACUUUGAAAGAGGAUCUUAUAGUAGGGAGUACCACACUUGGUCCAUUCGAUAUAUUCGCACCAGACACGAUAGUAGAACUAUCACCCCAUGUAAGGUUUUUCCUCAAUUUUGACUGGGCGUCUACAGAGCUUGGAGCCAUUGAUUCUUGGCCCGUUGGGCUACGGAGGAUGUGCAAUUUCCUGAUGUCAGAUCCAAGACCUGCGGCAAUGUAUUGUGGUCAAUCCAGAGUUGUAAUGUAUAACGAACCAUAUGUGUCAGUCACAGGACAGAAGCAUCCAGGGAUGAUGGGGAAGCCUUUUGUAGAAGCAUGGCCUGAGGUUGAAAGCGUGUUCAAAAAAAUCUUUGACAAGGCGUAUGAAACUGGUACAGCUUCAACCAGGGAUGAUGCAAGGUUUUACAUUGAAAGGCAUGGGUAUUUGGAGGAGACGUAUUUUUCUUUGUCAAUUCUACCAUUCAGCUGCGACAGUUAUAAUUGUAACCUUGCCUUGUAGGUCUAAAUUCUUCCUAUGGAAAUUUGGUUGGUUGAAGCCGCACUAACAUUAUAGGUAGUUACAAUCCUGUAUUUGACACCACCAGACAAGUAGUUGCAGAUCGCAGGAUGCUCUUUCUGUUACGACUUGGGCAGUUCAUUGCUUCAUCUCGAGAACCCAAGGACUUUUGGCAGCAGCUUCUGCGUGGACUCGAACCGGAUCAUCCAGACUUACCCUUUGCUUUGUUAUAUUCCGCUGGUAAUGAUGUUAAUGAAACACUUUCGGAAUCUUCGGCGUCAAGUCAUAACUGUAAUUGGGUGUUGGAAGGCACUGUAAGAGUUCCUGGUGUUGACAAAACCGUGCCGAAGCAUAUCAAUUCUCAAAACCCCAUGGAAGAAUUUCUACCAAGUUUCGGUGACCUUGUCAAAUCAGAUUCGCCUACGCUUUUACAUCGAAAAGAUGGUACCAUCCCUGCAUCCUUGACCGCAGCUCUUCAGGGCACACUUGCUUGGGAUACAGUUGUCUUCUUGCCAAUUAGAGCAACCACCGAGAAUGUUCUCGGCUUUCUUAUUUUUGGACUCAAUGCUCGACGGAAAUACGAUGACGACUACAGAUUAUUCAUACAAUUGCUCAGCCGACAACUAGCCACCUCGAUGGCCGCGGCAGUACUCGUUGAAGAUGAGAUUCAACGUGGUCGUAUGGCUGCCGAACAUGCUUAUCAAGAUCGGAAUCGACUUUCAAGGAAGCUUGAAAUUCAAGCUCAUGAAGCCUCAGAAAUCGAAAGUCGAUUUAGGAGGAUGGCUGAUCUAGCUCCUGUCGGAAUGUUUCAUAUUGAUGCUGAGGGAAGAUUACUCUAUGCUAACGAAGUUUAUUAUGAUCUAACGGAACAAAAGAGAAAUGUCAACACUCCCAUGGUAUGUUAUGAUCUUCUUACUUAUAUCCUCGCAGAACUAAACCAAAGCAUCGCAUUUAUCUCAAAUUAUUUGGGGGGAAUUAUGAAGUUUUAUCUUGCAGAGUAUGCUUUAAUAAUGCUUUCAUUAAACUUUAAAGUUUAUUCAGAGCUCGAUUGGUACUGGAAAUCCAUCACAUCAUCGUCCAAGUGGAAUAUCAAACCUAUAUUACAUUUUGCAAUGUCAUUCAUGUCCGAUGAUUUUCAGGCAUUUUAUUAUAUCAAUAAAAAUAUACCAUUUCUACUGGCACCAGCUCUAUUCAUAGCUCGUUAGCCUCGAUGUACUUGCAUCCUCCUUCAAAUCCACUUGUUCCCUAUUCCUAGAUUGUUUGCUGACAAAUUUGUUCUGAAGAGCUGGUAUGAUGUACUCAUGGAGGAAGAUUGGCCCAUAAUGGAUGCACAAUGGGAAAAGCUUAUGGCUGGCGAACCUGUCUCUUUUGAAAUUCGGUUACGAGCACUUUUUAAAGGUGCUGAUAAGAUUGGAGAUGAAGAGAUUGAUGGCGCAAUUUGGAUAAUACAAGCUGCAUAUCCUGAAAAGGCAGAUGACGGUAAGGUCGUUGGUGUUUUAGGUUGCUUGACAGAUAUUAGUCGACAAAAAUGGGCAGAGGAUUUCCAGAAACGAAAGAUGCUAGAAGCAGUUGAAUUAAAGCGACAACAAGAGAAUUUCAUCGACAUGACAUCACAUGAAAUGAGGAACCCAUUAUCGGCAAUCAUCCAGUGUGCAGAUAUGAUUGGAAUUUCGGUCAAAGAAUUCGAUGGAGGAACUAGUGAUAUUGUUCUUCCACGAGAAGCAGUCCAUGGAUAUGCAGAUGCAGCUUCGACGAUUGUCCUUUGUGCUCAACACCAGAAAAGAAUCAUUGAUGAUAUUCUGACUUUGAGUAAAUUGGAUUCAGAUUUGUUAUUCGUCACUCCAACCGAAGUACAACCAUUACUUAUGAUCAAAAAUGCACUCAAGAUAUUUGAUGGAGAAUUACAAAAAGGUGACGUCGCUCUAAGGUUUCAUGUAUCUCCCACGUUUGAAGAACUCAGUAUCGACUGGAUCAAAUUGGAUCCUAGUAGAUUAGUACAAGUUCUUAUCAACCUCGUCACAAAUGCCAUUAAAUUUACACAAACUCAAGCAAAACGAAAUAUCGCUAUCACUGUGAGCGCAGCUCUCGAGCCUCCUAGCACACCAGGUCUUGUCUACCUUUCAAGAACCAAUUCUCACAAAGAUAACACACCAGAGAGUGAAUGGGGUAAUGGAGAAGUUGUAUAUCUACAUAUUGAAGUUAAAGAUAGUGGCCGCGGUCUCGAUGAAACCGAAUGCAAUCUCUUAUUUAAGAGAUUUUCCCAGGCUUCACCACGAACACAUGUUCAAUAUGGUGGAUCGGGUCUCGGCUUGUUUAUUUCUCGAGAACUUACAGAGCUUCAAGGUGGUCAAAUAGGAGUUGCCUCCAAAGCAGGGGUAGGAAGUACAUUUGCAUUUUACAUUCGCGCUCGCCGUUGCGAACCACCUGAAGAUAAGGAUUCUUUUGUUCCUCAAAUGGAUGCUCAAGCGCAAAAUAAUAUCAUCGCGAAUAAUUCUCUCGCUCGAGUCAAAGGACCAACUCGUCAUAGUUUAAUAAGUCGCCGUUCUCAAAGUCCGGCUUCAUCAACCCCAAAACAUAUUCUUAUUGUGGAAGACAAUAUCGUUAAUCAAAAAGUAUGUUAUUUUCUUAUACUAUUAAAUUUCAAACUAACUAACUGAUCAGGUUUUAAGCAAACAGCUCCGUAGCGCAGGUUGUACUGUCAGCGUUGCGAAUCACGGUUUGGAAGCUCUCGAAUUCCUCGAAAAAUCCACAUUUUCCACCACAUUGCCAGAAGGCGAUCCAGGAAUACCAUGUAAUAUCCUAUUAAUGGAUCUUGAAAUGCCAAUAAUGGAUGGUCUUACCUGCGUGCGAGAAAUUCGCAAAUGGGAAAAAGAAGGAAAAGUCAAAGGACGUGUACCAGUUAUAGCCGUAACGGCUAAUGCGAGAAGUGAACAAAUUGCUAGAGCGAAAGAGGCGGGUAUGGAUAGUGUCGUUACGAAACCUUUUCGUAUAGGGGAAUUGGUGCCGGAGAUGGAGAGGUGGCUUGCGAGAGGUGUGGUGCUGGAUAGGCGUAGGGAGGAUUCGAAGGAGGAGAGGGCGGGGGUGGAGAGGAGGGAUAGUGCGCCGAUUUAGAUGGGGUUGGGAUUAGAGGGGAUGGUGUGUGAGAAUGGUGUGUGAGAAUGGCGUUUUGGGUUGGAUUAUUAAGAUGGUUGAUUGGAUUGGAUUGAUAUAUUGUUGGUUUAGAGAUUUUGGAUGGGACGGGUUGGUUCACCAGUUCUAUAGGUAUUGCAUUGCAUUGCAUUGUGGUAUACAUGCAUGCAUAUGGCAUCUGCGGGAAUUACACGAAAGGCGUAUUUUUUAACCCUUUUUAAGAUUAUUUUGGAUAUUGGAUAUUGGAUAAAUGGUUCGGGUUAGUAUUAUCAUAGUAGAGUAUAGUAGAAGUGUAUCUAGUGAGUAUAGUAUAGCAUAGCGAGGGUGUUAAAUUGGUCACAGGCUUGAGGUAAAUUAGAUUAAAUUACUAUGGUGGAAUUGGGAUAUGGUAUGGGAUAUGGUAGAUAGAUAAUAGGAGUCUUUUUGAUUA